CACACACACAACCAUUAAUUACAAGUUAGUAGAGAGAGGGAGAAAAUGAAACUUGUUUACUUCCUCGUUGCAUUAUUGGCUUUGGCAUCCUCUCUUGCCUUUGCUUAUGAUCCAAGCCCCCUCCAAGACUUUUGUGUGGCAAUCAAUGAUACCAAAAAUGGAGUGUUCGUGAAUGGAAAAUUUUGCAAAGAUCCUAAGCUUGCUAAAGCUGAAGAUUUCUUCUAUCCUGGAUUGGGACCAGGAAAUACCUCAAAUCCAUUGGGUUCAAAAGUGACUCCUGUGACUGUUAAUGAAUUAUUAGGAUUAAACACACUUGGUAUAUCGUUGGCUCGCAUAGAUUUUGCUCCCAAAGGUCUAAACCCUCCUCACACUCACCCUCGAGGGACAGAAAUUCUUGUAGUAAUCGAAGGCACCCUCUAUGUUGGUUUUGUCUCAUCCAAUCAAGACAACAAUCGACUCUUUACCAAAUUGUUGAAUAAAGGUGAUGUAUUUGUGUUCCCAAUUGGUCUAAUUCACUUCCAACAAAAUGUGGGUUAUGGAAAUGCUGUGGCCAUUGCUGGUCUUAGUAGCCAAAACCCAGGAGUUAUCACAAUUGCGAAUGCUGUGUUUGGAUCUAAACCACCUAUCUCUCCUGAAGUUCUCACCAAAGCUUUUCAAGUGGACAAAAAUGUAAUCGACUACCUUCAGAAGCAAUUUUGGUACAACAAUAGUUAACACGGGAACAUGAAUCGUGCCACCAUCAUGCUCGGACCUCGGAUAAAUCAUUUUCUAAAGUUUGCCUCGUGCAAUUGAUUAUCUCAAGCAAUUACUACAAUAUUAAAUAAAAUCUCUGUGGCUAUAAUGUGUAACUGUUGCU